AGCUGUCAGCCAGCUGCAAGUCCCGCCCCUGGCGCUCCGGCCACACCCUCCCGCCAGUCACGUGAGGCGCGAAGAUGGUGGCGUCCGAGCGACAGACCUGGUCUGAGUCGAGGGCUACCAAUGUGCUGCAGGAAGGAGGUAGAGAAGCACCCCAGGACAUCAAGAUGGCAGUUUAUAAACAUGGUCAGCUGAUUCCUUCUCUAGAAGAUAUAAAGCUCAGAAGUCCAGUGAUAACCGAAAUCAUAGAAAAGAAGUUUGAAUACUUUAGAAAAGAGACUUUAAACAUAGAUGGAACUUUAGUCCUUGGAGCAAGUGGGAGUUUGUCUGGAAUACUUGCAAACUUAAUUUUCAGAAACAGCUUCAAGGUUCAGUAUGAAGCUUUGAAGACCUAUGCAUCCUUGACCACACUUCCAUUUUUGGCUACCAUCGUUACCUACAAUCUCUUUGUAACUUACCCUUUGCAUUCAGGUAACAUAAGCAAGGAAAGCUGUGUUUUGAGAAGUUCGCUGAUUGCCGUGGCAUGUGGUUUUUCAUAUCCCAGUGCUUUGGCUUUUUAUAAAAAUGGACGUUUGGCAGUUAAGUAUCACACUGUUCCACUGCCACCAAGAGGAAGAGUUGUGCUCCAUUGGUUACUCCUUUGUCAGACUGGGAUGAAAGCAAUGGCCGUUCCUCUACUCUUUCAGAUAUUAUUUGGAGUGUUUCAUGGCUUACGCCACUAUGCUAUAUAUGAAAGACAUGCAAACAGUGUUCUUGAAGAUUAAUCAAAGAAUCAGUGGAGGCCAACUCAGCAGAAUGGAUCAUUUUAUAAUAAGGACUUGGGCACUGGUCAAAGAGUGAAAAGUAACUCUGCUCCUUUUGCCUAGUAUUUAUUAGAUCUCAGUAAAUAUAAAUGUGAAAUAAAUACAA